AUGGACAACGCCCUCGUCAAGUUCCUCACCAUUGUGCACCUGGUCUGGUGGCCCAUCAGCAAGCUCAUCACUACUGUGCGAAUCCUUCUGUCGCCACUGCUGCGCCUUGUAGUUUUUCUUUUAUCGCCCAUAUGGGUCGUGGGUAGCUUCCUAGUCCUUCCGUUCGUGCAUCUUGUCAGGGGACUGUACCAUAUCUUCACAUUACCGCUGCAGGUGAAAUGGCUCGAGCGAAUUGAGACACUCUACAUCUAUCUUGGCACCGCUGGUCUCAUAGGGUGUGUGACCGGAGCUGUCCUAUACUUCAUCUUCAAAUUCCUGUCAUCAUCCUUCAACAUUGAUGCCACGUCAAGAUCAAAGCCACGCAAAGCCCGGACCACUACCGAGUUUAGGGCAGCUCGACGUGAGAAGCAGCAUCAGACGUUGGCUCCAAGUCCUCCCAUUUCAGUCGUAGUGGAUAAGGCACGCGGGCGCCGUGGACUUGGCUUGCUAUCGCAGAUCAUUGUCGAGGAAGAGGACUCGGAUUUUUGA